GGUCAUUUCCUGUUUGCAGUCCGCUGUGCUAUGAUGCUUCCUCGCGAGGCUGACUCCUUGACCCCCGGGCAGGACUGUGUGUGGUGGGCUGACGUGUGUGUGUCUGUGUGUGUGUUCGUGUGUGUGUUUGUCCCUGUUAACGACAGACUCAGGUUACUUAAGCAGCGGCCAGCAGAGAGUUAGAGCCGGUUAAUGUUUAAUGUUUGUUUUCUAGUCAGGGCACUUGUCAAUGCUCCAUAUCCUCUGGCAUGCACUGCAUGUUUUAGUUGGACUAGCUGGUCCAAAAUACUUUGGCUAAGAAGGUUGUUCAAUGGGUCUCUUGUGACAUCACAGCAUGUUGUCGUUCCUCAAACCAUACGGCCCACGCAACUGUGCACCACAACACUUCUGUAGAAAGGAGCUAUUUUGAUGGGAGUUUAUUCGGUUUGAUGGAGUCGUUUUGGAACCCCAGUUAGGGAUUAGCCAGGCUCAGGAAACCAUGUGGGAGGUCAGUCUCCUGGAACCGUAUAUCCAGGAUAGUCUCCCUGGCAACAGCCUGCAUGGUUGAAGAGUGAUAUUGUGUCGCCACACUGCGAUGAACAGAGAGAGUGAAAAGAGAAAGGGGAUAGAGAGGGGAGAGGGGGGGGGGGGAUCUUGGUUUCAUGGAUUGCUGUGAAGAGAUAGCGUUACAUGAGAGUGAAUCGGAGGGGUGACAUUGUCCCGGCAGCACAUCAAGGCACAUCUCUGGCAGGGGAGCUCUUCCGAAAAGACAAGCGGGAGAUCUGGUCGAGGUGAACCCGACAGUGAAUGCUUGUGGAUUUAGGUCCAGGGAUUCAAGUUCACAUUUUCCUUGACCAUGGGGGAAGUGGAAAAAAAGCGCCCCAUCAUUGCUGGAAAAGAGAAAGGACCCGGGCCUGGCCGAUAUGCACUGCCACCAACCAUUGGCUUCAUUGGUCAUGACUUUACCAAGCCAACCAGCCCUGCUUACUCCUUCCACACCAGGAUGAGCAAUAACCUGUACAGUGUCGACUCCAGUCCUGGACCGCAGUAUUACAUAGACGCCAAAAUGACUCGCUUCGGAAGAGACGGCAACCCUGCAUACUCCAUGCUAGGCAGAGUGAGGGGACCAAAGAGAACGUUCCAGACUCCCGGCCCAGGCGCCUACAGCCCUGAGAAGGCUCCUCCGUGUCACAAUCAGAGCAGACCUCCAUCGUACACCAUGGGAUGCCGCACGCGUUAUCGCACCGUGGACCCGGUGCCGGCCCCUAACAAAUACUCUCUUCCAGCCCUGAUGGGGCCCCAGGUCCCGACCAAGCCAGCCAGCGCCAGCUACACCAUCUCUGGGCGGUGUAAGUCUGGGGGUCCCUCGGAGGACUUGUCAAAGACCCCCGGUCCUGGGAGGUACAACAGCACGGAUCCCAGCGUCUACCUGCCCCGACAGCCGGCGUUCUCCAUGCUCGGUCGCCACGGCUUCCCCGCCGACGCCACGGUGAAGCCCGGGCCUGGAACACACAACCCGGAGAAGGUGGUCGUUCACAAGCCCCGGGCGCCUGCCUUCUCCCUGGGGAUAAGACACUCUGAGUUUGUCACUCCACUGGUGGUCAACGCAGCUGACUAAGCAGACACAUCUUCAUAGAAGUCUGACUUGCGGUUGAAUGGAAUUCCACUUUGAUAUUCAAUAGAUGUGAGCAAAUGUGAUUCAAUAGAUGCAGAGGUCUUGAGGAAUGAAUAAACGUAGAAUUAGAAUGUAAACAGUAUGUAGAG